CCGGGGAGGCAAAAAAAAGAGAAAGUUAGCAAAAUGGCGGCGUCAACCUGCCUGUUUGCUGGAAAACAAUAGAGGCGGAGUGGAGGGACCGAGCCAGCCGCUUUUCACCGCUUCCCGUCCACUCGGCUCGGGCUCGGCCAGGGGGAGGAUUAUUCGGAGAACGGCCCAAAAAAUUAAGUAUGCUUCAUUUAAACGCGUUGAGCUAUGCUCGCUAACUAGCCAGCCCCCUUCCCCAAAACAGCGCUAGCAGCUAACGGCUACACGGAGGCGGAGGAUCAGCUGUUGGCCGAACAGAUGCUGUAGAAAGCCGCUUCCACAGUAAGUGUGCUCCCCUUGCAUGGACCGUCUUCUUCUAGUCCGCGCUCACCGGUCCUCUCUCCCUCCUCACACCCCCAUCGCAGCUCGCCCCGAGGCGGGGAAAUCUGCCGAGUAAGUGCCGGCAAGUUUAUGAAGUUGUUAGCUCGAGGCUGGCUAGGCUAGUUAGUUUGCAAGAAGUGUUCAAAUCAGCACAUUUCUGCCACAAAUUACUCGCUUUUAGCGGCGAAGGGGCAACUUUUUUCUGGAUGUUUUUUUCUUUUUUUCCCCCCCCGCAGCAAGUGGGAUUGGAGGGAGUGCAGGAAUGUGCUUGUUCAGGUCGCAUGUAAACACUGAUUGAGAGGGCAGUCCGGAUGGUUCUUUUCCCCCCUCACCGAUGUCGACUUCCAGGGGCGUUAGAGUGUUAGUUCACGGGCUUCCUUAGUUCUCCUCCCCGGCGGUGAGUGCCGCUGCGACUGAAGGCCAUUAGCAAGACAAAGGUCGCCUCCAUGGAGCCAGCACGGGAGGCUUUGUAAAGGGCGAGGGGGGGCGGUGUGUGAAAGAGCCAGAUUCAGCAUUUUUAUGGACGGAACCCGAGGCCCGGGGGGAGUCGCUUUUUGAUUGAUGAUGGCGGAUUUUGUUACACCGCGACACAGCGCGGUGAUGGAGAGGCUCCGCCAGAGGAUCGAGCUCUUCCGGCAGCAUCACAACAGCUGCGAGCGCCGCUACGAGAGCGCCACGCUGGAGCGUCUGGAGCUGGAGAGGCAGCAGACCUUCGCCCUGCACCAGCGGUGCCUACAGGCCAAGGCCAAGCGCUCCAACAAGCACCGCCAGCAGCCCCCGGCCGCCGGGGAGCAAGCCGGCCAGAGGGCGCCGGGAGGAGGCGGCGGCGGCGGAGGAACCGGAGGCGGAAGCACGGAGCUUGGAGACGGCGGAGGAGCGGCUGAACAGAGCAGGAACAGCACGCUGAUUGCCUUACAGGAGACGGUGAAGAGGAAGUUGGAGAGCGCCGCGUCUCCGCUCGGAAGAGAACAGGUCAACGGUUUUUCCGAUGGCUUCCCCCCCAGCAAGAAGGCGUGUAUGGACGCCACCGCCAACGGUUCCCCGAUGGACUCCAAACUGGGGAUCAGCGACUCGCUCAACACCAACGGCGCUCGCGGGUCGGUGGGCGAGUCGACGGACGGCAACAAGGAGGCGGGCUCGGAGUUUCAGCGCAAGGAAAUGAAGCAGGAGCCGGACGACAUCCUUCCCAUCAUGCCUCCCUCCGGAGGGGGCAACAACAACAGCCUGCUCCCCGACCUCAACGAGCAGGAGUGGACGGAGCUGAUGGAGGAGCUGAACCGCACUGUGGCCUAUGAGGACAUCCAGGACAUUCUUAACGAUGGCUUUGAAGACCGCAAAGACCCUCUGGAGAUGACGCCAAAUCCAGGGAGCACUGGUGGAGGAGGCGCUCAGUCCUCCCAGAGUCUCCUUUCUCUGGACUUGGCCAGCGUCAAAGCAGAGUUCUCGCCCGUCUCGUCCGCUUUCGAUCAGGACUCUCGCACUGGUUCCCCCCACGUCAGGUCCACAUCUUCUGGACCUCCUCCGCCUCACCCCACCAACUCUCCUGUCGCCACUUCGUCAGCCUCUUCCCCGGCCGUGCCCCCGCCCCAACAAGCCCCGGCCCCUCGGCAGCACCAGCCUCCCCCUGGCCACCUACUUCCUCCAGGCCCCCCGGUCCCCAAAGACCUGUCGCCUGCCCAGCAGCUCCAGCAGUUGGCGGCCCAGCAGCAGAGAGCCCAGCACCUGCACAGCCAGCUGCAGCACAAGCAGCCUCAAGCGGGGGCCAAGUUCCACUCCCAGGGCCCUCAUGCCCACCCCUCAGCCUGGACACAAAUGGCCAAACCCUCCCAGAGCCAACUCGGGGCGGCUUUUAGCAUGGACAAGCCUACAAGCCCCUCCUUAUACCCGCAGGAUUUCAAUCCCAACGCCCAGAAGCAGCUCUUGAUGUCCGGCCAGCCCACCAAGGGUUCCCCCAAGGCGGCGGGGGCCAACAGCUACAUGCCAGUGGGCGGGGGCCACCCAAACAUGUUAGGCCACCCGACUCAGGGGCCGCCUCACAACCACCCGCCAGCGCCAGGAGCCCAGGCCCAAGCGGCCAUGCUGAAUUACAACAACACCAAACCCCUAUCCCACUUUGAGGCAGGACCCGGUCUGUCCAGGGCCCCCAUCAACCAGAACCAGAACAAGGCCGCCCUUCUGACCCUGCUUCGACAACAACAGCAGCAACAACAACAGAUGAAGCAAAAGAACAACAUGAACUUCCGCCAGCAUCUCACACACUCACAGGACCAGAACUCCUACCCCGCCCCUCCUCAGGGCCCGAAUCCCAGCAACACCAUGGCGUCCGCGCCGGGAAACAACGGCAUGGCGGCCCAGCCCGGGGCGGGUAACCAUAGUAACGCGGCCUACCUGAGCAGCCAGGCUGCGGUGGCGGCCGCGCUCAAACAGCAGCAGCAUCAACAGAUCCUGGAGCAGCAGAAACAGCAGCAGUACCUGCAGAGACAGCAGCUCAUGGCGGAACAGGAGAAGCAGCGACAACAGGACCAGCAGCUGCAGAGACACCUGACCCGACCUCCCCCGCAGUACCAGGACCAGCCAGGUCAGCAGGCUAAUCAGAACGCUUUCCCACAGCCGCCGGUCAGCCAGUUUACAGCUUCCUCUCAGUCAAUGGCCAGUGUUGCUUCCAUGGGAGGCCCAGCCCCUGGACCCCAACGUAUGUUCCCCCAGAAUCAAGGCAUGAUGACCAUGAACAUGACUCAGGGUGGCGGCCCCGCGGGCGGUGUGGCGCCGCCCCCAACGGCGAGCCAAACCGACAUCAGUCUUCCAUCCUGCGGAGGGGGCGGAGCCGGCGUGGACGUCCAGCAGGUCCUGUACAACAACAUGAACCUCCACCCGGGUCACCCGUCCCAACAGGCGGGCCUCCAGCGCCAGCCUCUGGGUUCUAUGAGCGCACCGUACAGGCAGAGCCUCCUGGCCCAGCAGCAGCAGCAGCACCUUAAGGGGCAGCCGAACGCCGCCAUGUUGAAGCAGCAGCAGCUCGCCACCCGCAUGCCGGGCUCACUGCAAGUCAGCGUGGGAGCCAACAUGGCGACUUCCAUGCAGAGUACCCAGAAUGCCGUGUGGCAGCAGCAGCUGGCCAACCAGCCGCCGUCUGGGAACACCGGCCUGCCCCCCAACGCCUUCACUAACCCCCCCAACGCCUUCCACAUGCAGCAGUCUCGCAUUCCCAAGAUGGCUCCCGGCGGCGCCGCUUUCAGUUCCAACCCUGCGGGCCGUCCAAUGGGGGCGAUGAUGCAAACAAACAUGCCGGUCGGCCAGCAGAGGGCGCCGCCCAACCCUCAAAGCUUGGGCCCGCCCUUGGCCAACCAGCAGCAGGCUGCUCAGAACCAGAACGUCCUCCCCGACCUGGUUGCAUUUGGACCGGCGCAGACCAACGGUCGCCAGGGCCUGCCGUGUAACCAAGGUUACCAGGUGAGCAGGACAGCCAAUCAGCAGCAGCUCUCCUUUGGCUACAAUGCCGCGUCCGGGAGCUUCGCCGCCGAGAGUGACCUGGUGGACUCCCUGCUGAAGGCCCAGAGCACCCAGGAGUGGAUGGCCGACCUGGACGAGCUGCUCGCCAGCCACCAUUAGGCCACGCCCACUGCUCAACGGCCUGAGCGUCGGUGCGAAUGUCAUUUCCUGUCUACUGUCUUUGGCUGUCCCUGAUUGGACCGACUCACUGAGAGCGGCUGUUUGGAACCUUUCCGAUGCAUGCUGGGAGUUUUGUUCCUUCUGACACGGUUGUUCUGGCCUCCCAGCAUUUGUGUGUAAAUGUCUAUAAAUCUAUUUUUUGUAUGUAAACCUUUGCUAAUGAUCUGGACAUAGAUGUUAUUUUUAUAUAUGGCAGACAAUUUUUGUAAGUAUUUUCUACUUUUGAUAUCUCUCUGUAAAACAAGAGUAUUAUGUAAAUAUAGUUCUACUCGAGAACCCUC